AGAGAGAGAGAGAGAGAGAGAGAGAGAGAGAGAGAGAGAGAGAGAGAGCGCAGCGGCGGCGGGAGGGGACGGGCGGAGCGGGCGGACAGGCGAGGGCUGCGGACCGGGAUCCCGGUGCGAGAGCGGCGCUCGGGGGCUUUGGCGGUGACCUGAGAAUCCUUCUACGCAAUACACAAUACAGUAAAGACAAGGAAACACCAUGGGAGAACGAAUGAACAAUUUCCCCCCUCUUCCCCGAUUCAUCCCCCUGAAGCCAUGUUUUUACCAGGAUUUCGAUGAGGAAAUCCCGCCCCUUCACAGAACUACGGUCAAACGUCUUUACUACCUCUGGAUGUUGAAUAGCAUCACCUUGGCGGUCAAUCUGAUCGGUUGCCUCGCAUGGCUGAUUGGCGGUGGUGGAGCUGUUAACUUUGGACUGGCAAUCCUUUGGCUUAUUCUCUUUACACCCUGCUCCUACGUCUGCUGGUUUAGACCUAUUUACAAAGCUUUCAAGACGGACAGCUCCUUCAGCUUCAUGGCGUUCUUUUUCACCUUCAUGGCGCAGCUCGUGAUUAGCAUCAUACAAGCCGUCGGCAUCCCCGGUUGGGGAAUUUGUGGCUGGAUUGCAACCAUCUCUUUCUUUGGGACCAAUGUGGGCUCGGCGGUCGUGAUGCUGAUUCCCACCGUUCUCUUCACAGCCAUGUCUGUGUUUUCCUUCAUCGCGCUCAGUAUGGUGCACAAAUUUUACCGAGGGAGCGGCGGCAGUUUCAGCAAAGCGCAGGAGGAGUGGACCACCGGCGCCUGGAAAAACCCCCAGGUCCAGCAGGCAGCACAAAACGUGGCCGUGGGUGCUGCUCACAACACCAUGAUGCAGCAUGAAACGCAGUAUUCAGCCACCCCUAACUAUAACUACCCCAACGACAUAUGAGAAGUCAGGACCUCCGUCCAAUGUGAACCCUAGAAGGUGUUGGCUUUAGGUGGGCAGGAAGGAACAAAGAAGGCGUGCAUUGUGGGUGCGGGUAUGUUGUGUAGGUUUCCAAGGGAUGAAUUCCACCAUCUUGUUGCAGGGGAGGGGGCAAGAUGGCGGGAGAGCCGUUUCCACGAGAAAAUUUCUGAAUUUAAUUCUUCCUCUUCCUGGGUCCCCGUCCUUGGACCCCCGUGGCAUUUUUUCCCUCCUCCUCGUCCUCCUCCUCUGAAGCUUGUUGCCCUGCAGGACAGUUGUGUUGUGCUGUGGUGCCUGUACUUGUGUGUUUGCUCAUUUCUCUC